AUGGGAAGUCUUCCCACGCAUCGCUGCAACGCAGCAAAACCUUUUAGUCAUUGUGGUCUCGAUUACGGUGGACCGUACCAAAUUCGCAGCGCGAAAGGCAGAGGCCAUCACAGUUACAAGGGCUAUGUUGCCCUAUUCGUAUGCUUCAGCACCCGAACAAUUCAUCUGGAGCUGGUUAGCGACUUGAGCACUGCAGCGUUUCUUGCAGCCCUUCGAAGAUUCUUUGCACACCGUGGAUACAGUUCGGACAUAUACAGCGACUGUGCUACAACGUUCGUAGGAGCCGAUGCGGAACUAAAAGCAGAUCUGGCCAGCUUUCGACAACAGCUUGAGGCGGCAGCACGGUACGUGCCAACUUGGGGAGUAACAUGGCAUUUCAUACCACCUGGAUCUCCAAAUUUCGGAGGCAUCUGGGAGGCGGGGAUAAAAAGCAUGAAACAUCAUUUAAAGCGCAUAAUUGGCAGCGCGAAGCUAACCUUUGAAGAAUUUUAUACUCUUUUAAAGCAGGUGGAAGCAGUGCUUAACUCGAGGCCGAUCUCUGCACUAACAGAAGACGCAACGGACUUAGCUGCGUUGACCCCUGGCCAUUUUUUGGUGGGCGGUCCGUUAAUCGCUACUCCCGAACCAAGUUUACUUGAUGUUAAUCCAAAUCGACUCAAAAGGUGGAAACAGCUUCAGCAAAUGCAGCAACAUUUCUGGGCCCGAUGGAGUUGUGAGUACUUGCGAGAACUACAAGUAAGACGGAAAUGGCAUCAAACUAGCACCAAUCUAUCACCCGGAGACUUGGUCUUAAUACGCGACGAGCGUGCUCCUCCCACUCAGUGGACGUUGGGUCGUAUAAUAGACGUGCAUCCAGGAACUGACGACGUUGUCAGAGUGGCAACCAUUCGUACGCCAACUUCCAUUAUCAAGCGAGCCAUAUCAAAGUUAGUACUGCUGCCUAUGGAGGACAACUGA